UAUUCAAUUCAACCCACUCUCUCCAAAGAACACUAAUUUCAGUAGCAACAGAACACUACACACACCAUGCCAGGCCCUUCAUCCCCCUUAUCAUCCCCCACCGCACUCCGGUCACCGCUCCUCUCCCCCGAGGCCAAAAUUCCGGUCACCGACGAACCCGAAAAGCUCUACAUAGACCACAUGUUACAAAAAUAUUGCGGAGAAUUCGGGGCUUAUCAGUUAAAACACUUUGUUCUCACGAGCUUAGCAUGGGCUCUGGAGGCUUUCCACACCAUGAUCAUGAUUUUCGCGGACCGCGAGCCAGACUGGCGCUGUAGUGGCCCAGGAUGUUCUCCUGCGGCCACUAGUGUUUGUGGACUCGACGAGGACGUCUGGCAGUGGAGCAGCGGAACGGGCAGCUCCACUGUGUCGGAAUGGGGAUUAAUUUGCGGCGAAAAAUAUAAGGUCGGGCUGGUACAAGCUUUAUUUUUCGGAGGCUGCAUGAUAGGUGCUGGAAUUUUUGGCCACCUCUCUGAUUCAAAACUGGGAAGAAAAGGAUCUCUGACACUGGUCUGCAUACUCAACGCCAUCUUUGGUUGCUUAACAGCAUUUUCACCCAACUACUGGAUCUACGUCCUUCUCCGCUUCCUCACUGGCUUCAGUACUGGAGGGGUAGGCCUUUGUUCAUUUGUUCUGGCUACCGAACCCAUUGGUCCAUCAAAACGCGGCAUUGCUGGAAUGUCCACAUUCUAUUUCUUUUCGGGAGGCAUUGCAGUUCUAUCAGGCAUCGCUUACAUUUUCCAGACAUGGCGCUCUCUUUACAUUGCCGCCUCUAUUCCCUCCAUCCUCUUUCUUUUCAUCAUCAUUCCUUUUGUCUCCGAAUCUCCUAGAUGGUAUUUAGUUCGUGGCAGAAGUAACGAUGCAUUGAAAAUAAUGCGCGACAUUGCUAAAUCCAACGGGAAGUACCUUCCGGAUAAUGUUUCUCUUGCCAUGGAUGAUGAUAAAGAAAGCACUGAUACUUCAGAUAAAGAAGGAUCAAUAGAUGAUAAAGAAGCUGUCACGGGUUCUAUACUGGAUGUGCUCAAAUCACCACUAACGCGGCUUCGUUUGUUUUUGACAGUGGCAAUAAGUUUUUCCAGCUCAAUUGUAUAUUACGGGCUUAGUUUAAAUGUUGUGAACCUAGACACAAAUCUUUAUCUCACUGUCCUGGUGAAUGCAGUUGCGGAAAUGCCUGCGUUUCUAUUGACAGCCAUUUUGCUGGAUAAGUACGGGAGGAAACCAUUAGCGAUUGGUACACAGUGGUUUAGUGGAUUGUUUUGUCUAGCAGGGAGCUUGAUGGCAAGAAAUGGCCCGUGGAAAGUUGUGAGAAUGGUUUGUGGAGUGUUGGGAAUAUUUGGGAUGGCAGGGACUUAUAAUUUGUUAUUUAUAUACACAAUGGAGCUGUUUCCAACUGUGGUCAGGAAUGCUGCCCUCGGAUGUGCCACUCAAGCAGCGCAAAUGGGAGCUAUUUUAGCACCCUUCGUGGUGGUUCUGGGCGGAGGUAUUCCAUUUGCUGUGUUCGGUGUGUGUGGGGUCUUAGGUGGCAUCCUAACGUUUUACUUGCCAGAGACAUUGCACAAGCCCUUAUACGACACAAUGGCCGGAAUGGCUGUGGGUGAAAUCUGAUUAAGCUGUGGUUUAGUUAGUAGGGUGUUAUUUCGUUUUCAAAGGACACUAAACUUUAAGGUCAUCACAUGUCAGUUUGUAAAUUUACCAUGUCGGGUUUUUGACAUUUUGUUAUACUGUAAUGGUUUACUGUUGUUGCCUCCAUUUCUCUGGGAAAUAGAUUAAACUCUGGCACUAGUGAUUA